CCUAACGCUGCCAUAUUAUUCACUUCUCCUCUUUCUCCUCACACCCUCUCGGUCGCCACUCUGCCGCCCUCUCCCUCGAGCGGCGUUGCUGGUCUUCUCCUCUUCAAUCUGCUCCAGCGAUCUCACCGGAACUCUUCCUCGAGCUUUGCCGUCUUCGGUCGUCGAUCUCUCCUCCUGUUUCUCUUGCUAAUUGCCAACUAUGGUGAAGGCCGUGAAGCACUACAGACCUCCAGGGAAGAAAAAGGAGGGAAAUGCAGCCAAGUUUGUUACUAGGUCACAAGCACUCAAACAACUGCAGAUCAAUCUACCCCUUUUCAGGAAACUAUGCAUUUUGAAGGGUGUAACUCCUAGAGAGCCAAAGAAGAAGUUCAAAGGAACUCAUCAGACUUAUUACCAUGUGAAGGAUGUUGCCUUUCUUCAUCACGAACCUUUGCUUGAAAUACAUAGAGAGAUUAGAGUACAUGAGAGGAAAAUAAAGAAAGCAGAGGCAAAGAAAAACCUUGAACGUGCAAAAAGGCUGCGGGAGAAGACACCUAAACCCAAGAUAGAUAGGAUUAUUCGUCAGAGGUACCCAAGAUUUGUGGAUGCACUUGGGGAACUAGAUGACUGUCUUUCAAUGGUGCAUCUUUUUGCAGCAUUACCUGCCGCUGAGAGCAAAAAAAUUGAUAUAGAAUGUGUCCAUAAAUGUAGAAGAUUGGCACACGAAUGGCAAGCAUUCAUAUCUCGCACUCACAAACUGAGAAAAGCAUUUGUAUCUGUCAAAGGCAUAUAUUAUCAGGCAGAGGUUGAGGGUCAGAAGAUAACGUGGUUGACUCCUCAUUCACUACAACAGGUUGUGUCUGAUGAUGUUGAUGUCAUCACCAUGCUAAAUUUUCUGCAAUUGUAUGAGCCUCUUCUUGGUUUUGUGAAUUUCCGGCUCUAUCAUUCCAUAAAUUUGAAGUAUCCCCCUAUACUAGAUCCUCGGUUGGAAGCUUUGGCAGCAGAUCUUUAUGCUUUGUCAAGAUAUGCCAAUGCCAAUGUCAAUGCUGUACCCUCUGUAGUCAAUUCUGAAGCAUCCCAGGUAGCUGAGUCUGAGCAAGGUGAUGCCAAGCCAAAAAGGGAUGAUAUUGAACAUGAAAAAUCUGAACUAAGACUUGCUCAACUUCAGCAUCAACUUCCUACAAAUGAACCUGGUGCACUAAUGCAACUUGUUGAAGAAGCUGCUUCUGAGGAAGAAGUGGAUCAAGAUACAAGAGAAUGUAAAAAUCUCUUUAAAGAUCUGAAAUUCUUCUUGAGCAGAGAAUUUUUCUUGAGGUUGUAUCUCCUUCGGAAAUUAAUUUUGCAACCAUCUUUUGGUGGUAUAGUUUCCUGGGAAGGAGAGGGAGCACCUUUUCAGGAAUCUGACCAGAGCAUCACACAUCAGAUUGUUGACAGGGAUUCACAAGGACAUAAGUUCCUCUCAAGAGAAUAUGUUCAACCACAGUGGGUAUUUGACUCUGUGAAUGCGCGGAUUAUUUUGCCAACAGUGGAUUAUAUGGUUGGAAGGAUACCUCCUCCACACUUGUCGCCUUUUAUUGAUUACGAGGAAGAAGGAGCAUAUAUUCCUGACUAUGCGAAGACUAUUAAACAAUUGCAAGCUGCCGCCAGAAAAGAAGUCCUUCCACUCCCAGGUGUUGGAAAAGAAGAUCUGGAAGACCCUCAAAAUAUUCUGGUUGAAGGUAUUAUGGAUCGGGCAGAGGCCAACCAAGCAGCUCAAAGAAAGCAAAAGAUGAUGAUGCUAGAGCAGCAAUACCAUAAUGAUUUGAAGAAAGAACUUCAAGGUGUUACGUAUGGUAAAAUGGAUUCCAAUGUUGAUAAACAAACGUCAACUGGAGAAGAAUCCACUGACAAUGCUCAGCAGAAGGAUGAUGCUGAUGACAUGGGUACACUUAUGAUGUCUCGUAAAAAGCGGAAGCUGUUGGAAGCCAUGAAGAUAUCUAAUGAACGGAAGCAGGCUAAAAAUGAUCUCAUUAAGCAACGGAAAAAGAAAAUAGACGAAGCUCAUAAAAAGAACUGAAGGGAUCUGCAUUCUGGUGCAGGAUACAAUUUUGACUUCAUUAUGCAAUGUAUUUGCUAAUUUAAAUGAAUGCUUUGUUUGUUAUAGGAACUUGACGAUAAUUUUAAUACUGCUCUUUUUGUAGUCAGUAAGGUAACUGCAUUUUCUCUCCAGAGGCCGCAGAAACAACUGAUUUGUUUAAAUAUUAGUUUUCUAGGUAUUGAA